CGGGGCCAGCCCGAAGGAAGGAAGGCCAUCUAGUCCAACCUUCGCUCUCUGGGCCCCGCUAGGCCUCAGUCAUCUUCCAGUCCCGAGAACUGACUUUCUUGGCUGGCCGACGAGCGAGAUGCAAGCUGGGAAGCCUGUCCUCUACUCCUAUUUCCGAAGCUCCUGUUCAUGGAGAGUUCGAAUUGCUCUGGCGUUAAAAGGCAUCGACUAUGAGACAGUGCCGGUCAACCUCAUAAAGGAUGGUGGGCAACAGUUCUCUGAGGAAUUUCAGACCCUGAAUCCCAUGAAGCAAGUGCCAGCGCUGAAGAUCGAUGGAAUCACCAUUGGCCAGUCACUGGCCAUCAUGGAGUACCUGGAAGAGACUCGGCCUAUCCCACGGCUCCUGCCUCAGGACCCACAGAAAAGAGCCAUCGUGCGCAUGAUUUCUGACCUCAUCGCUAGUGGCAUCCAGCCCCUUCAGAACCUGUCUGUCCUGAAGCAAGUGGGACAAGAGAACCAGAUGCUUUGGGCCCAAAAGGCUAUUACUUCCGGCUUUAGUGCGCUGGAGAAGAUUCUGCAGAGCACAGCAGGGAAGUACUGCGUAGGAGAUGAGGUGUCCAUGGCUGAUGUGUGCUUAGUGCCCCAAGUGGCAAAUGCUGAAAGGUUCAAGGUGGACCUAAGCCCCUACCCCACCAUCAGUCACAUCAACAAGGCGCUGCUGGCCUUGGAGGUUUUCCAAGUGUCUCACCCACAUCGACAGCCCGAUACACCUGCUGAGCUGAGGACUUAGCUCCCAAACCAUGCCCCAUUGGAUGUCUUAGGGUUUCUACUGCUGUGAAGAGACACAUUAACCAUGGCAACUCUUAAAAACAAAAACAUUUAAUUGGGGCUGGCUUACAGUUUCAGAGAUUCAGUUCAUUAUCACCAUGGUACAAAGCAAGGCAGCAACGUAGGCAGACAUGGUGCUGGAGAGGUAGCUGAGAAUUCGAAUCUGGAUCCAAAGGCAGCAAGGAGAGUGACAAUGGGCCUGGUGUGAGCAAACUGAAACCACAAAGCCCGCCCCCCAGUGACACAUAUCCUCCAAGAAGGCCACACCUCCUAUUAGUGCCUAUGGGGGCCAUUUUUAUUCAAACCAGAACAGGCCCAGAAUGAGUUGUAGGCAGAGGACUCGAACUUCAGCUCUUUCCUCAGGAAGCAGCAGAUCCAUGGAGUCCAUGGUAUUUCUUUGAGGUCCCCAUAUUAGAAUUUUCUCUAGCGAAAUGAAGCCAGUAGGAUAUAUCUUCCUUCUGCUUGCACUGUAGCCACUACAUUCUGCCUUAAUCCUCUUAUCUGUCAUGUUUUAGGAGGGGGUUUGGCAGAGACAUGACCUGCUCUAACUGCUAAUGCUAAUAAACUUGAAAUAAAGCUAGAAUCAGCAGGGAGAAGGGCCUUUGUGAAUGUUGGGGGGCGGGGGUUAUAUUGGUAAUGUUGAGGUGGGAACUCACCCACCAUGGAUGGUACCAUUCCCUAGGCAGAGGAUCCUGGGGCCCAGAAGAGUAGAGAGAGUGCAGCAUCCACCAUGUGUGCAUUCCGAUCAGCUACACAUGCUGAUGCCUUGACUUCCCUGCCAUUAUGGACUGUAACCUAAAACUAGGAGCUAAAAUAAACAUUCUCUCCUUUAA